CAUGUGACAAAGGCUGUAUUUUAACAGAAUCAGCAACUAUCUUAAAGAUGUCGCACUUGAUUUUCGUUUUGUGCAUAUUAUCAUUAAGAUUUUAUGCCUUAUCUUUGAAUACAAAAAGUCACACUUUGGAAGAUAUAUAUGAAUUAUUAUCAAGAGUAGAUGAAAAGAUAAAGACAGAAGACAGGGUUCGAGAAUUGACUCAAACUCUUCAGAUUGAUCGAACGCUAAAGAAAAUGGAAGAACAUCUAGAAGACAUUGCAGAAAAAUUAGAAUUAGGCAACGAUCUGGAUCGUCACCUUCCAACUGAUGUUCGCACAAAUUUAGUAAGCAUUGGAGAUAAAAUGGUAAAUAUGGAGACAGCGGUCGAAUCUUUACAAGAUAUUAUGAAGAAAAUGAAUGAAGAUAUGCAAGUUUUGAGCGAAGUAGAGCAGAGAACAGAGAGUUUAAAAGAAGAAUUGAAUCGAAAACUUACAAAAAUGAUGAAUGUUUUAUCUGCCUUAUAUCAGAUGAAUAAAGACUUGAGAAAUAAUUUAGGAAAUUCGAAGAAAGUGGAAGACGAUGUAACAGAUGUUGAUUUAGCAAGUUCUGCUUAUCUGAUAGAUUCGCUAGAAAGUUUAGAAAGAAAAAUCAAAGAACAAAUGAAUGUGCUUUCCGUUCAAAUGAAGACAGAAUUGACUUCUUUAAAGUCUGUUAUGUCUAGUAUUGUUUAUCAAUGUGAAAACGAGGAAGAGACUGAUGAUUCCUCUCAAGCCGAGUAUAGUAAGAAAAGUCAUGAUUCUAAUCCUAUAAAUAAGGAAGCUUUAGAAAACUUACAAAAUAGUUUAAAUCGUUCACAGCGAGAACUUAAAGAAGAAAUACAAACAGGUUUACAGCAUAUAGAAAGUAAAAUUACAGAUAUGACAAAUAAGAAUCGUUGUACAGCUCAAGAGCGAGAUAAAAUUAAAAAGAAAGAAACAAAAUUCGAACCUUGUGUUUCAGCCCCAGCUCCAACUGCAAAAAAUUGUGCCGAUUUUCUAAAAGCGGGGAAUACGUGCGAUGGGAAAUAUGCUAUCAUGUUUAAUUCAACUAAAGCUAUCAUGGUUUAUUGCGAUAUGACAACAGACGGUGGUGGUUGGACUGUAUUAAUGAGACGAGGGGAAUUUGGAAGAGAUAAAGAAAUAACGUUCAAUCAAAAUUGGAACAGUUACAAACACGGCUUUGGAGACUUCGAUGGAGAAUUUUGGCUGGGAAAUGAUAAUAUUCAUUUACUUUCGAAUGAUGUGAGGAAUGAUUUGCUGAUUGAAUUGAAUUCUUUCAACGGAAAAUCGAAAAAUUUCACUUUCAGAUCAUUUUAUAUCGAAAAUGAGAUUCAUGACUAUAGACUUCACAUUGGACAACCCCUAAAUAAUUCACCAAAAGUUAUGCAUGAAUUUAAUAGUAGACCGUUUGUUAGCUACGACAGGAUUAUGGAUCAACCUGGUAAUAACUGUGCUGCAUAUUAUAAGGGAGCUUGGUGGUACAGAAGAUUCUGUCGUUAUCCUGAUUUAACCAGUGAAAGAAUUGACCCUAGCGUUGAUAGAGUUCCAAUAAAAGGAAUGCAGUCAGUACUUUGGAGAGAAGGGGGUUUAUUGAAAUCUGCUGAAAUGAAAAUUCGUCCAAUAAAUUUUCUCGUUUAAAUUUAAACCGAAGCUUCCAAAGACUUUAAAACAAAUUUUUAAAAUCUUGUGAAUUCUUAUAUUUUAUUUCUUUUGAAAAAAACAGUAUUUGUCUAUAGUUGAAUAUAUCUUUUUAUUUAUAUAAAAAAUAAUCAAAUUUAUUACAAAUUUGAUUUAAAUAGAAUCUCGUUUUGGUUGAAUUGUAAUGGAAUUUCUCAGUGUAAGA